AUGACCAAAAUCACCGAGGCCGAAAAGCCUGCCCCCGACACCUUUCUAGACAGAAGCAGUGGAAGAGAGGGAUCCAUUCGAGCUGGUCUGGUCGAGACGAGUCAUCGAGAGAAAAUCAAGACCCGCCCCGAUAAUCCAUCCUCGAGCGUCCAGCCAGUCGAUGAUCCGGAGUCACUCUACAUCGCCACCCUUCCUAUCGAGCCCGCCACCCGACUUCGCGUCUCCCCGCGCACUCUUGGAGUGGUCCACCUCAUGUACCCUGAUGCACAAACAAAGCCGAGAAACAUCACAUGGGAUGACUUCGUACACGCUCUAUACGAUGCUGGUUUUGUUGCGAGCAACAACGGCGGUUCCGCGGUGCGGUUCGGGCGAGGAUCCGGAGGUGAUUCCGGCGAUAAAGGGGCCAUCAUCUUUCACAAGCCGCACCCGGUGCUGAAGAUCGAUCCAGUCAUGCUACAUGGCAUGGGAAGGCGGCUGACAAAGUGGUUUGGUUGGAGUCGUGACUCAUUCGCUGCUUGA